AUUACAAAGGGAACCCGUGCACACCCCCCAAUAGCCACAUUCAUUCCUUUCGGGAAAACAUUCUCUCCCACUUUAAAACAAAACACUCCUCUUCCAAAAACAUCUUUAGCGAGAGAUCUUACAUUGAGAUUUUAAAUCACAUUUUGAAGGACCCAUAUAUUGUGCACUUGUCUCUGAGUUGUUUCGGAAAGUCAAUUUGUUGCCUUUCUCUGUCUCUCGGUUACUUCAGAAACAGAAGGGUAUAAGGGAAAAAAUGUCCAACAAAGCUGCUCCGGAAAUAAAGUAUGAUGUUUUUGUUAGCUUCAGGGGCCAGGACAUCCGCGACGGGUUUCUUAGCCAUUUGAUUGACACUUUUGAAAGGAAGAAAAUAAACUUCUUCGUAGAUUAUAAUCUUGAGAAGGGAGAUGAAAUAUGGCCAUCACUUGUUGGAGCAAUUCGAGGAUCAUUGAUUUUGUUGGUCAUAUUCUCUCCAGACUAUGCUUCUUCGUGUUGGUGUUUAGAAGAACUUGUGAAAAUACUUGAAUGCAGAGAGGAAUACGGACGUAUUGUAAUCCCAGUUUUCUACCAUAUACAACCCACACAUGUUCGACAUCAAUUGGGGAGUUAUGCAGAAGCAUUUGCUGUGCAUGGAAGAAAACAAAUGAUGAAGGUGCAACACUGGAGACAUGCUUUGAAUAAAUCUGCCGAUUUAGCCGGAAUUGACUCAUCAAAAUUUCCAAACGAUGCUGCGGUGCUUAAUGAAAUUGUCGAUCUGGUACUGAAGAGGUUAGUUAAACCCCAUGUUAUCUCAAAAGGGCUUGUUGGAAUUGAAGAGAAAAUUACAACCGUAGAAUCAUGGAUAAGAAAAGAGCCAAAGGACAACCUUCUUAUUGGAAUUUGGGGUAUGGGAGGUAUUGGCAAGACAACCCUUGCAGAAGAAAUAUUUAAUAAAUUACAAUAUGAAUAUGAAGGUUGUUAUUUUUUAGCCAAUGAAAGAGAAGAAUCAAAGAAUCAUGGAAUAAUUUCUUUGAAGAAAAGAAUUUUUUCUGGGCUAUUACGAUUACGAUAUGAUGAUGUGGAAAUUUACACAGAAAAUUCCUUACCUGAUAAUAUUCUUAGAAGAAUUGGCCAUAUGAAGGUUCUUAUUGUUCUUGAUGAUGUGAGUGAUUCAGACCACUUGGGAAAAUUGUUGGGAACUCUUGACAAUUUUGGAUCUGGUAGCAGAAUACUUGUAACAACUAGAGAUGAACAAGUUCUGAAGGCUAAGAAAGUAAAAAAGACAUACCACCUUACAGAACUCAGUUUUGAUAAAACACUGGAACUUUUCAAUUUGAAUGCCUUCAACCAAAGUGAUCGUCAAAAGGAGUACUAUGAGUUAUCACUUAGGGUGGUCAAUUAUGCCAAAGGCAUUCCAUUAGUUGUUAAAGUUUUGGCUGGUCUUCUUCAUGGAAAAAACAAGGAAGAAUGGGAAAGUUUGCUAGACAAGCUUAAAAAAAUCCCUCCUACAAAAGUUUAUGAAGUCAUGAAACUGAGUUACGAUGGUCUAGAUCGUAAAGAGCAACAAAUUUUUCUAGAUCUGGCAUGUUUCUUUCUUAGAUCGAAUAUAAUGGUGAACACUUGCGAGCUAAAAUCUUUAUUGAAAGAUACUGAAAGUGACAAUUCAGUGUUUUAUGCAUUAGAAAGAUUGAAAGAUAAAGCUCUUAUAACUAUUUCUGAGGAUAAUUAUGUAUCGAUGCAUGAUAGUUUGCAAGAAAUGGCAUGGGAGAUUAUUCGACGAGAGUCUAGCAUAGCUGGAAGCCACAGUCGGUUGUGGGAUUCUGAUGACAUUGCUGAAGCAUUGAAAAAUGGCAAGAAUACUGAAGACAUUAGAAGCCUACAGAUUGACAUGCGAAAUCUUAAGAAGCAGAAGUUAAGUCAUGACAUAUUUACGAACAUGAGCAAAUUACAAUUUCUGAAAAUCUCUGGAAAAUAUAAUGAUGAUUUACUUAAUAUUCUUGCUGAAGGGCUUCAAUUUUUGGAAACUGAGCUAAGAUUUCUCUAUUGGGAUUAUUACCCUCUAAAAUCGUUGCCAGAAAAUUUUAUUGCCAGAAGACUUGUCAUAUUGGAAUUUCCAUUUGGCAGAAUGAAAAAACUUUGGGAUGGAGUCCAGAAUCUGGUGAAUCUAAAAAAAGUUGACCUCACUUCCUCCAAUAAGUUAGAGGAGCUCCCAGAUUUAUCAGGAGCCACAAAUCUUGAAGAACUGAAACUUGGGGGUUGUUCAAUGUUAACAAGUGUGCAUCCAUCUAUUUUCUCGCUGCCCAAACUUGAGAAAUUGUUCCUUAUUAACUGCAAGUCUCUUACCAUAGUCACAAGUGAUUCCAAAUUAUGCAGCCUCAGUCAUCUCUACCUUCUUUUUUGCGAGAAUCUUAGGGAAUUCUCACUAAUAUCAGACAAUAUGAAAGAACUAAGAUUAGGAUGGACAAAUGUGAGAGCAUUGCCCUCAUCAUUUGGAUAUCAAAGCAAACUUAAAUCACUAGAUCUAAGAAGAAGUAAGAUUGAGAAGUUACCUUCAUCCAUCAACAAUCUUACGCAACUGCUACAUCUAGACAUACGUUAUUGCCGGGAGCUUCAAACAAUACCAGAGCUUCCCAUGUUCCUUGAAAUUCUAGAUGCUGAAUGUUGCACUUCACUUCAGACUCUGCCAGAGCUUCCCCGGUUCCUUAAAACACUAAAUAUCAGAGAAUGCAAAUCGCUUCUGACUUUACCGGUGCUUCCCUUGUUCCUUAAAACUCUUGACGCCAGUGAAUGCAUAUCAUUGAAGACUGUGUUAUUGUCUCCUUCAACGGCUGUUGAACAGUUAAAGGAAAACAGUAAACGGAUUCUGUUCUGGAAUUGCUUGAACUUGAAUAUAUAUUCUUUAGCGGCUAUUGGGCAGAAUGCACAAACCAAUGUGAUGAAAUUUGCAGGCCAACACCUUUCUACCCCAAAUCACCAUCAUGUUGAAAAUUACAGUGAUUAUAAGGAUAAUUAUGGUUCUUACCAAGCUGUUUACGCAUACCCUGCAAGCAAUGUUCCACCAUGGUUGGAGUAUAAGACAAGAAAUGAUUAUAUAAUUAUUGAUCUAUCUUCUGCCCCACCUUCGCCUCUCCUUGGCUUCAUUUUUGGCUUCGUCUUUGGUGAGAGCACAGACAUGAAUGAAAGGCGUGAAGUUAACAUCACUAUAAGUGAUGUUAAGGGUAAAGGUAAAAGGGAGACCAACAGAGUCAGAAUGUACAUAGAUUAUGGCAUUGGGAAAAUUAUAUCAGAUCAGGUGUGUGUGAUAUACGACCAAAGAUGUUCUGACUUCCUAAAGAGAAGAGCCGAAAAUCAAACAAGCUUUAUAAUCCAGGUUACAAUUCAGGCACAAUGGGCAGUCGAUCCAGGUUUAAAAGAAUUUGGGGUCAGCCCAAUAAGCACCUUGACAUAUAAAAGUUUCAUUGACAUUGAAGAAAUGGAAUUGCAUGACAGUGACUGAUCAAUGUUUCAAUUUCAUCAAACUAAUGGAAUCGGGUUGUGCCUCCUAUCAUCCCAGGGUAAUUAAGGGGCACGAUGCAUACGAGCUCCAACAGUAAAUGUAGAAUAGGCUUUAGUACUUGCUGCAGAUGACCAUUGCCAAAUUCUCAUGUACCAAUGCAGAGAAGGAUAAUGGGCAACAAAAUGUAGUUGUAUGGUGGAAGGAAAUAAUCCUAUUUGAUGACCAGGUUGUAGCUAGCUACAAAGUCAUUUUUUUAAAAGUGUCUGAGACUUGUGCAUGCCUUUGUAUGUUGUCUUAAACCCGGUUCAGUUAACUGAACCAGUUUCAAAAAGAGUUCGAUUCAGGUUUUAAAAA